AUGGUGGGGCAGGUGACCGGACAGUUCCUCAUGAAGAGAGAAAAUCCAAAAAGAUAUCUUCAACAAGUUGGAGAGGAGCGGGAUCACUUCCAGUAUUCUGCCAUCCAUCAUAUCCCUAGAGGAGAUAACCAGGAAGUGGAUGGGCUAGUUAAGGCAGCUUCAGGGCAAGAAGAGGUCCCACUUCCAGACUAUGUGGUCACCUGGACUAUUGAUGAUAUUUUGAAUUUUCUUCAAGAGGGAAUUCUGCCAAAUGAUCGGGUGGAAGCCCAAAAGGUUAGAAACUGGGCAGCCAGAUUCACGCUGGUAGAGGGAAUUCUGUAUAAAAGAGGCUACGUCGAGCCUCUGUUAAGUUUCAUCUCCGACAAUGGGCAACAAUUUGAUUGUUCGCACUAUCGAGAAUGGUGCUCGGAGCUCAAGAUCAAGGUCAAGUACUCCUAUUCAGGACACCCGCAAGCCAACGGUCAGGUAGAAGCAACCAACAAGAUGCUGCUCAACAUCUUAAAGAAGAAACUAGGACCACAGAAAGGGGAAUGGCCUGAUGAACUCCCGAGCACUUUGUGGGCCUAUCAGACAUCAGAGAGAACCACAACUGGAGAAACAAAUUUCUCUCUAGUCUAUGGAAUGAAAGCUGUGAUACCAGCAGAAGUCGCCAUACCCACGUACAGGGUGCAACAAUAUGACCCGGAUCGGAAUAGCGAGCGGCUGAGGGAGAGUCUAGAUUUCCUUGAAGAAAGAAGGGAGGAUGUUGUACGCUGA